UUAUAUUCCAUUUCUAGAAAAGUUUCAUUUGGAAAAAGGGUUCUACUGCUUUGCGGGGCAAAAAGGAACCAUAGCUAAGCUGCUAACUAGGGUAACAUCCUAUCCCCUCUGAAAUACAAUUAAAUUCAGCAACGCCAUCUGGAUUCAGUGGCUGCUGUGUGCAGAGCACCUUCUGGGCUGCAUGGAGAGGGGAAGGAAUCACUGUUGUCUGCAUCCAAGUAGUUCACACUGUAACAGGGGACCUAUACACACAGACCCCUUGCCAGGCAAUGUGCCCUGUAGUAUGGCCACACAGAGGAGGAGUCCUGGGGAGGCUCCAUGGUGAAGGUGGUUUUUGAAGGACUGGCAGGGUGUCAAUAGGCAGAGAUGCAUGGACACUAAAAUCUAGGCAACAGGAACAGCAUAGCCACAGGACCGGGCGUCAGUCACAUUCUCCCCGCUGGCCAAAUGACACAAAUAAUGCUCAAAUUCUAUGCUGCGGUUUGCUUUGACUGGCGGAGGCGGAGGGGCGCGAAAGACAAGGGAGCCAGCCUGCUGCACAGCAGGUUUAGCCUCCAUGCCCGGGGUUUGGAGCAAGAGAGUGAAAACAUCAGAGCUAUGUCUUCAGAAGGUCUUGUGUUGUGAAACUGACUGGCAAGCUAUCACAGGAAGCUAAGCGAGGUGGUGGGCUGCUGGAUUAAAAUGAUCUCUAAACAGAAUUCGCUCUCAGGGUUCAUUUUCAGCCUACCUCAUUAGGGCAGAUUCGGUCUUCUCACAUUGUUAUUGCUGUAUCGGAGGAAUCUUUCUAAAGAGAAAAGUGACAGCACACAUUGCUGCCAUUUGAAAGCCAGCAUUUUUAAAGGGCGUAAUACACAGUGACAGUUUUGAUGUAUGCCCGUGGGUGUGGGUCCUAAUAUCUCAACAUACUCUGCCUGCAUAAUUUAAAAUGACAGUUUAGCCUGUCAAACUUAAAUGUGAGUGAAGUUCCUUGGAUAUUUAUAAAACAUCAAAAAGAUAGAAUGGUGUCAGCAAAAGAUGGGUCUUUUUAUUACUAAACCACGGGACGAUUUUUGGAUAAUUGCUGGCAACUCACCUAGAAGCUGAACUUCCAGACAAAGUAUAAAUUUGGUGGUGCCACAGUUUUGAAGGUUAUUUUCACCCAAUGCAAUAAAAGGAUAUUACAGAACUCUAGCACAAAUUGUAGUCAAAGAUGGAGACGCGUCAAUGACCCAUUUGUUUUUAAUGUAUUGUUUUAAUGUUUUUGUUUUUCAUGUAUCCAUGGUUUCCAGUUCCCCUGAGAAAGUGGAAAUUACCCAUGCUAAUAAAGCAAGCGUUAGUGCGAAGACCUAGCUGAUGUUUGGCUGGUUUUUAGCCCGCUAGGCAGUCACCCUUUAUAAAGCCUGCCAAGUUUGGAGCGUGGGUAAUUUUACACGCGGGUCUCCACAGAUCCUGUCUACUUCGGUAGAUUUAUUACUAGGAAAGUGCGUGGGGGCACUAAUUUUUGUGAAUUGACUAAUGCGUUAGAACUUUAAAAACCGGGUAGAACGCAGCGCAGGAAGCGAGCGUUCACCGCCGCAUCGCCGGAGCGUCCAGCCAGAAUCCCCCUGCCUGCGCGGCUCCUGGCGUCUUACGUCCCACAGGCCCCACGCCGGCGCCGUCCGUCCCGCAGGCCCCGCCUUUGGCGCUGGGCUCUGACGUCACCACCUGCGCCGCGCACAGUAGAAACAGGAAGUGGGACCAAAACAAAGGAUCGGUGGCCGGGAGCGGACUUACCUUACCUUCUCUGCCUUCCGCGCGCUUCUCAGCCGGGCCGCCGACCCAAAGGAGCCGUCCGACUAUGUCUAACAUGGAGAAACACCUGUUCAACCUGAAGUUCGCGGCCAAAGAACUGAGUAGGAGUGCCAAAAAAUGCGAUAAGGAGGAAAAGGCCGAAAAGGCCAAAAUUAAAAAGGCCAUUCAGAAGGGCAACAUGGAAGUUGCGAGGAUACACGCCGAAAAUGCCAUCCGCCAGAAGAACCAGGCGGUGAAUUUCUUGAGAAUGAGUGCGCGAGUCGAUGCAGUGGCUGCCAGGGUCCAGACGGCGGUGACCAUGGGCAAGGUGACCAAGUCGAUGGCUGGUGUGGUUAAGUCGAUGGAUGCGACAUUGAAGACCAUGAAUCUGGAGAAGAUUUCUGCUUUGAUGGACAAAUUCGAGCACCAGUUUGAGACUCUGGACGUCCAGACGCAGCAAAUGGAAGACACGAUGAGCAGCACGACGACGCUCACCACUCCCCAGAACCAAGUGGAUAUGCUGCUCCAGGAAAUGGCAGAUGAGGCGGGCCUCGACCUCAACAUGGAGCUGCCGCAGGGCCAGACCGGCUCCGUGGGCACGAGCGUGGCUUCGGCGGAGCAGGAUGAACUGUCUCAGAGACUGGCCCGCCUUCGGGAUCAAGUGUGACGGCAGAACCCGCUCUGAGGUUUCCUGGCCAUAGCCACCCUUUGAAAUGCUCUCUGUGUGUUAGAGAGAUACUAUACCCUAGAAACUCUGAACACGCCAGAAUGCUGAAAUGCCCUUCUACCUUUGGGUUUACAGCCCCCUCCAGAUAAAUUAAGAAAUUCAGUAUUUCUGCACUCUUAGCUGGAUUCUAAAAUUCUGUAUAGCUCGUAAUGAUGGUAUUUUUAUAGCAGCCUUUUAACAGAACUAGUUAAUUUCGUGUAUAUGAAUCUUUCUCGAUGAUCUGGUCAAAACUGUAUUCAGUUUCCUGCCCAGAAUGAUCAGAUUGAAGGUGGUUGGUUUUUAUUAUUUAGUGUGAUUGAUAGUAUCUAGAAUGGCAAGUGGUGCAUAAAAGUUAAAGAGAGGGGAAAGAUUACUUAGUUUGGUUAUACAGUUAUAAACACCAUGCAGUGUAUUCGGUGGACUGUGCUAUUUCUGUUUAUCCUUUGGGUUUUGGUUUUUGUUUUGUUUUUGCCUUCACAGUGAGACUGCAAAUGAUUGUUCUCAUAACGUAUAUUAUUAAUAAAUGUCCUAUAAUUUAUACUGAAAUUACCUUAGGAUAUUUUUGCAUAAUACUCUCUUACUGCUUACAUUCUAUAAAUUUUUCAUGUGAUAAUUGUCUUUGCGUAACUGGGAAAAAUGCCGAAUAACUUCCUUUAUUAUCUGGAAAAAUUAAAUUUGUUCAUUUAUAUUUUCUACUUAAUUGAGUUUUUAAAAAGACUUAGUGUGACAUUUGACAGUGUCUUUCAAACGAACUUCUCUAACAAGUUUAUAGUUAUUUUCCUGUUUCAACACUAUUAGACGUCUUAUAAAUUAUGCUAAUUAGCACGGCAGUCGUGUUAUACACUCUUAACAUUGCCAAAGAACUGUUGAUUCGUUUGAGAAAACCCUGGGACUGUGUGUGUGUAGGUUUUGUUUUGAUUUUAACAACCAAAAAUAGAAAUAAAAUUAGAACUGCGUUUUAAGUUCUAAUUUGUAUUUAUUAAUUUGUCCAAAGGCAAGAACUCUUGGAAAUCCUUGAAAAUAUAAGCUGGAAUGUUUUACUUAGCCAUGCAAGUCAUUUAUGUAUACAUCCAGCCAGCUGGAAGUCUGAGAAGUAAAGAGGUAGGACUGGAAGGAAGGAGAAAGCUUGAGUCUUUAAGGCUAGAGCCCAGCUGUGCUGCCUGCCAUCUUCUCAGGAAUGGCAGUGCGUAUUUUCUGGCUGAAAAGUAAAGCAUGUAGCCACCGCUUUCUCAUAGCCUCGAAACAUGGAGAAAAGCAACUUGCUUUUGCCUUGGCAAGCAUACUAACCUAAGUUAAUUCAAGUUUUUUUUAACUUUCCUUCACUGGAAGAUUUUUCCAUAAGAGAAUUCCAUUGUUUCAGAAAAUAAUUAUAGGGGCCCUUCCAAGUUCUUUGAAAGAUUCAUAACCAACUAUUCACUAUUAUAACAUGUUUCCCAGUGUAAAUGAGUAAGGAAAAAAAAGUGUAACAGGUGCGUGCAGAUGAGGAGUGACCCUCAUAUUUAAGUUAUUUUAUAUUUGACUGGACAUUGUUCAGAAGUGUGCUUUAAGGGACACUUGUUGGUUGUCUGCCCAGCAUCUCUCAAGAAUAUCCCUCUUAGAAGGUCAUGUCUCCUGUCCUCCACAUGGUUGUGCAGGGCCAUGUGUGAAGACAGCAUGAGUCUUAACCCCUCUUUUAUUUUUGAGACAGAGUCUCGCUCUGUUGCCCAGGCUGGAGUGCUGUGGCGCGAUCUCUGCUCACUGCAACCUCCACCUCCCGGGUUCAAGUGAUUCUCCUGCCUCAGCCUCCCGAGUAGCUGGGAUUACAGGUGUGCACCACCAUACCCAGCUAGUUUUUUUGUAUUUUUAGUAGAGACAGGGUUUCACUAUGUUGGCCAGGCUGGUCUUGAACUCCUGACCUCAGGUGAUCCGCCCACCUCAGCCUCCCAAAGUGCUGGGAUUACAGGCAUGAGCCACUGCACCUGGCCUUAACCCCUCUUUAGAUUGGAAAAAAUAAUUACAACUUUAAAAAUAGCUUAGUGUUGAACCCUUUGGUAAACUAAAGACCCUUUUAUAAUGCAAAUAUUCCCAACAAAGUUAAUAUAUUUUGUGAGAUUAAACAAUGCUUGUAUAUGCUUGAACUUUCUUAAAAUAUGCUCAUGUCAUACUAUUAUGAAUGUACAUUUUUAUGAGUCAUAAAUAUUAUUUUCAAAAGCA